ACCAUCCCAUCCCACUUCUCUCCGCAUCCACCGGCGAGGGGGCACCUUACCCCCCCGUCUCUCUGCCGUACCGCUCCGUCCUCACGCGCUCUUCUCCCCACGCUCCCUUGACCCCCGAUUUUAUCCGAUCCGCCGUAUCCGAACCAGCUUUGCCCAUUCACCAUGAGGCGCUGCAUUGUGCGGCUCGAGCCGCAUCUCCGCCGUCAGAUCGGCCAGCCGGUCUUCACGACGCCAUCUCCGCGGCUCGUCAGCAGCCCUGCCAAUCCUUUCGCUCUUCCUCUUUCCCUCACCCACCGCUCCGUUUCCGAACCGCCCUCCGCAGCUUUUACCAGCGCCGCCUUACCCCCCAGUGGCGCCGCGGGUAGCGGUGGCGGAAAUGGCGGCGGCAGCGACGGCGACGGUGGCUUGGGUGGGGGUGCCGCCGGGCGCGGCUUCCCAGGUCGCGGGAGAGGCGGAGGAGAGGCGGGGGGCAUGUGGGGGAGGGGGAGAGGCAGCGCGGGAAGGGGAGUUGGCGGAGCCCCUUCUGCCCCCGGCUACGCGCGGUCGUGGGGGGCACCAGGCGCGCCCGGGAUCCCCGGCCCGGGUCGGUUUCCCCCGGGCGCGCCGAUCAGUCGGCCCUCCGCGGCUUUCCCCGCCCAUUCUCCCCCGCAGCAGCAACUCGAGGCGCAGGACGCAGUUGGCGCUCCCCCUCCUACCCCUCCCCCUCCCUCGCCUCCCCCCGCUCCCCCCGCGGGCGGCACCCCCAUAGGCCUGUCCCCCGCCGCGCUAUCCCGCAUGCUCGUCGCGUACGAGCGCGCAGGGAGGGAUGCUGACGUGGCACGCGUCCUCGCCGACUCGCGAGCUGGCGGCGUCCCAUUGGACAGCGCCGCGCGCGAGGCGGCGAUUCGGAGCGUCGCGCGCAGGCGGGACUUGGAUGAGGUGGAUCGGAUGGUGGGCGAGGCGCGGGCGGCGGGGUUUUUCUUAUCUGCGCCGACGUGGAACGGGCUGGUUGAGAUGUAUGCUGAGGUGGGCGAUAUCGAGAGGAUGGAAGAUGCGGCGAACCACGCCUCUAGGGCCGCUGCUGCUGCUGGCGCUGCUGCUGACGCCACUAUAGCUCCUCCCCCCCCCGCCGCUGCUCCCCCAGCGCCUCUCCCGCCCCCUGCUGUUGUUGCAACCGCUGGCGGCACGGGCGGUGACAGCGGUGCAGGUGGCAUGGGUGGCAGCAUGGGUGGCGGCAGCAGCAGUGAGCAGCUGAGUGCGAGGGAGAGAGAGGAGAUGCGCGUGAGGAUGAAGCUCCGACGAAAGGCUGCUGGCGCCGACUCUGACUCUGAAGCUGCCCUUGCUGCGUCGCAGCCAGCGUCUGCGUCAGAGACAGCUUCUCCCACUGCUGCGCCCAUUGAUGCUGCCGCCCCUCCUGCUGCUGCUGCUGAUGCUGCUGAUGCUCCACUCCCCCCACCCCCUGCUGCUGCUGCGGCUACCUCAUCUCCCCCACCUCCGCCCUUUACUCCCCCGCCCCCACCUUACACUCCCCCAACCGCGGCAUUCACACCCCCCCACACCCCCGACCGCCCCCCUUCCCCUCGCCUCCACACGCGCCCUCCUCCCUUCACCCAGCAGCCUCCCCUGCCAGUGCCAUCCCGCCCCGCACCUCGCUCGCAGCCUCGGGCAUCCACCGAAUCUGCCAGCUCGGUAGCUCCCGCUGCAGCUGACGUGGCAGCUGCUGACGUGGGGGUCUCUCUUGACGAUGCUGCGAAGUCGGAGGCGCGGGAGCAGGUGCCCUUCAAACGGUCCCUCCAGGAGAGCCGCUUCCACCGCUUCUUCCGGGCCCUUCCCGACCAGCAGCAGCAGCAGCAGCAGCAGCAGCAGCAGCAAGAGAGGGGGGCCGAAGGGAUUGCAGUAGAUGCAUCUGGUGCUGGCGGUAGUGGCGCGGGCGCUGCUGCUGCUCCGGCGUCAGGCUUGGGCCGAGGCAGUCUGAUGCAGGGAGGGCGCGGGGCAGGUAUGGUAAGGCCGGGCCUGGGAGGUCCGGCAGCAGGUGCGGGUAGAGGAGGGGGCAGGAUGGAUAGGCGUGUGGAGGAGUGGAGGGGCGGCGAGAGGGAGAGGGAGAGGGAGAUGGAAAGGGGAAGGGGUGAAGGGGGGAGAGACGAGAGGAAGGAAGGACAGGCGGCAGUGGGAGGGGAGGAGGCAGGUAAGGGCGCGGCUGAAUUCGCCCCAGAGACCCCCCCUCCCCCGGCCUUAUCCCGAGAGGAGGCCACUGAGCGUGCGCUGGGCAUUCUCUCCGCGUCUAUGGCUAAGGCUCGGGAGCACACCCGAGCCUCGUCCCGCCGCGACGCCGUCAGCCAGUUCGCCACCGAGGCUCUCGGCUCGGUCAUGUCCCGCCGCAGGCUCGGCGCAGGUCCGGGAGGGGCAGGCCCGGGAGGCGCAGGUCCGGGAGGCUCCGAAGGUAGGAGAGGCGGAGAGGAGGGGAGGAGAGGAGGGCAGCGGAGGGGCCCGAGGGAGGGAGAGCAGAGGAGGGGAGGGAGGGAGGGAGCGCAGAGGGGAGGGGGGAUGGGGCUUGGCCUUGUGAUGGACCGAGGGGCGGACGGGCAGCAGGCGGUGCAGCGGGCGCGGGGCGGUGGGGGAGGGGGGAGGAGAGACACGCGGGGCGGCAAGGGCGUUACUAGGGAGGGCGUGGUGCAGCGGUUCAUAGAGGAUGCGGUGCUGAGCGGUGAGGAGGAGCGCCAGGUGGGCGAGUUCCUUGACUUCCUGGAAGCAGCUGAGGUGGCCAACUCCGCUCUGCACCAGCGGUUCAUGGUGGACUUUGAGCCCGAGUACCUGACUGACGACUUCGCCUCCAACCCCGUGCUCGAGCUAGAGGGGCAGGAGGCCCCCGCGGUGCCGUCACUAGAGGAGAUGAUGGUGGAGGCGAAGAGGGAGCUCAUGGCGCUCACUGGCAUGCAGACGGAGGAGGAGUUCCAGGCCGCCCUGCAGGACUGCCUGUCUCGAGCCGAUCAACUCGAGUCCCUUGUCGCGCUCUACGCGGGCCCGCAGCAGAUGACAGCGCUGCAGGAGAACAAAGUGCUGCAGGAAGCUGCUGAGAAGCUGCCGACUGGCGUGUCACCCCAGGCUGUGGCGUUCACCAAACGCGCACUGCUCACCCUGCAGAACAAUCCAUCGUGGACGUUUGGGCAGAAGCAGCAGAUGAUCAGCAGCAUUGUGAGGGGGUUCUCAGCAUUGCCUUGAUGGGAGGUCGGCAGGAUGAGGGGUUGGCAGGAUGGGAGGGUUGCUUUGAGGCUGCUGGUCAGAAGCAGCAGAUGAUCAGCAGCAUUGUGAGGGGGUUCUCAGCAUCGGCUUGAUGGGACGGCGGCAUGAUGAGAGGGCUUCUGAGGGGCUACUUGGCGCGAGCAGCAGAUGGUGAGCUGCAUUGUGAGGGGGUUUCUUCAUCAGUCUAGUGAGAAGCCGGCUGAAUGCACUGGGUGGAGGAGGAGGGUCAGAUGGAAUCAGUGCAGUUUCCACCCGUGCAAUUCAUGCUCCGGAAGAGAGUUUCUGAGUACCAAGUUCCCACCUGAACCGGAAAAGUCGUGGGGUAGUGCUAGCGAGGAAUGGUGGCUGAAGGAUGCCUGUGACUUGUGAUCAUGUAUGCAUUUGUUCGCCGUAUGCCGUUUUAUGGAACGUGUGAUGUGAAGUGGGGGCAAGAGGACACAGGUACCGGAGGCACGUGUAUGAGGAUGGCAGUCACUGCACUGCUCGUACAAAAAGUGGGAAUGGGUGCUGAGGAGGACCUCACCUCAACCAAGAGCCCAGAAUGGUGCAUCAGGAGCAGCCUCGCUCAGCUUGGUACUAGGCAACGGCUCAUUCGACCAGAUCUGAACCAAGCCGUGUUAAAACCCCACGGCAAAAUAGCAGAGGGGGGUCCCUCUUGAUGGUUGAGUGCAGGGCUGUCGUUAUCAGGGUAUUUU